AUACAUUUACUCCAAUGACAUAUUAUAUCUUUGAUUUACUCUAAUGAUUAGAUUUAUUCAACUGAAUCUCAUUCUCAUCCAUCAUUUUUAUAAAAAUGACUAGUAUAAGAGUGUACAAAUUUUUAAAAUUAUGUAAUGGUAUAAACAAGCAUCAACAGCAUUACAGAAAUAGACAUUAUAUUUCUAAAAUUCUAAAUGUUGAUGAUGCAAAUCAUUUUAUGAAUCAAUUGAACCAUGAUGAAAGAAAUUACAUUAAAGAAUAUUUUGAUCUUAUAGAACAAACAAAAAAUGAGGAAUGUUCCCCACCGACUUAUAACCAACUUAGAAUUGUUUUCAUAUACAAUGCUCUUCCUUUUGUUGGAUUUGGCAUUAUUGAUAAUCUUAUAUUAAUAACUGCUGGUGAAUAUAUAGACAUGAAGUUGGGAGCUAUGCUAGGGAUAUCCACCAUGGCAGCUGCUGCCUUGGGAAAUAUUAUAUCAGAUAUAGUAGGAAUUGGAUUGGCUCAUUAUAUCGAAAUUUUAGCUGGUUCAUUUGGUGUACCAACCCCAGAUUUAAAUUUUAAACAGCAAAAUAUGAAAAGUGCAAAGUUAUUCAAGAACCUAGGAAGAACUUUGGGCAUUGCAUUUGGUUGCUUUAUAGGGAUGUUUCCAUUACUAUUUUACCCUGACAAAAAGAAAGAAAUUACAAUCAGUACUACAAAUGAUUUAAAAGACAAAUCCUAUACUUAGAAUAAUCUUUAUAAAAUAACUCAUUCUCAGGCAUUUUGCUAACACAUAUAAUUAUAUCUUAUUUAUAUUUCAAAUAUGUCAGAUUUUAUUUAUAAAUGUUGACUGUUUUUUAAGCUUUAUUUUCAUGUUUUCUUUUUAUAUGUGCAAUAAAAUUUUAAAUUUUGUUUUUUUUAGUUUUUUUUAUGUUUUCUUUUUAUAUGUGCAAUAAAAUUUUAAAUUUUGUUUUUUUAGUUUUUUUUAUGUUUUCUUUUUAUAUGUGCAAUAAAUUUUAAAAUUA